AUGAUAUUAGUGUAUGUGGAUGACAUUUUAAUCACUAGAAGUUGUUCUACCACCAUCUCCUCUCUAGUUUCUUCACUUAAUCAAACAUUUGCCUUAAAGGAUCUUGGUGAAGUUAACUUCUUUCUUGGCAUAGAGGUCUCGCAUAUAGAAGAUUGUCUUCAUCUUUCUCAGUCCAAAUACCUUAAAGAUGUCUUAGCCCGUGCAAAGAUGCAAUUUGCUGAGCCUCGUCCUUCUCCAAUGAAAAAUGGUCUAAGACUCUCAGCUUUUGGUAGUGAUCCAAUUGAAAGUCCUCAGUUUUAUAGAUCCAUUGUGGGUGCCUUACAAUAUUUGACAAUAACAAGACCUGAAAUUGCUUUUAGUGUCAAUAAGGUGUGCCAAUUUAUGCAUUCUCCAUUGCAAUCUCAUUGGUGUGUUGUGAAGAGAAUACUGAGAUAUCUCUCAGGUACUACAGAUCACGGUUUGUACAUUAAAAAGUCAAAUAGCCUUGACUUAGUGGAAUUUUGCAAUGCGGAUUGGGCUGUUGAUCCUGAUGAUAGAAGGUCAACAAGUGGGUAUUGUGUAUUCUUUGGACCUAAUCUCAUUGCUUGGCAGUCAAAGAAACAACAGAUCAUUUCAAGAUCCUCAACUGAAGCUGAAUUUCAAAGCUUAGCCAACAUUAUAGCAGAACUUAUGUGGAUAAAGUCUUUGCUGCGUGAACUCAGAGUACCUCUUCCUUACUCACCAAUAAUUUGGUGUGACAAUCUCAGUAUAGUAAUGCUUGCUACCAAUCUCAUUCUUCAUGCCUGA